GCAGACUUCGGAUAUAAGUCAGCGCCCAAUCAUAAAUUUAAGCCCACAAUAUAUUCCCAUGACAAACGCUAACACGCUGUGGGCGCUUAACAGCUUGAUUCAACUGGGAAACCAGCGGGCCAACGACGUGCGCACUGCCCUCCUAACAAAAAGACUUUCGAGUCCAGUGACGCACCACGCGCUCAUGCAUAGGCCGAACGUGCUGAUUUCCUCUUCACAAGGCAUCAACGCCAACCCACGACGGGCUCUUCUGCUGCUUCCUCGACCUUCAGGGCUAGUAGGAAUCGAACUAAUCAAUCAGCGUCUCCCAUACAAGCACGUUUCAAGUGGAAAGGGUACGCUUAAAUCGCGCAUGCUUAGUCGGUAUAUGGAUGCUCGGGGUUUUGUGGCGAUGGGACAAAUGCCCGGGCUAAUUCAGCAAUGCCCAACACUGGUGCUACAUAACAAUCACCUUAUUGCAUAUCAACUGAAGAGCAAGGCCGCACUCCCAGCUUAUGCCCACAGCAUACGAGAGCUGAGCACCCUCAGUUCUGAUAAGCUAGGAACCCUCAACCCCCGGCAAUGCGUGUUGUGUCACAGAUACUUUGAGUGGGAUAAUUGGCGCGAGGUCAUCGGCGAACCUGGUUGGGAAGCCUUAAUAGCACACGAGGAAGCAAUCAAGGAUGUGGUGUGUGGACGCGUCGACAUAGAUACAAUAUCUUCACUCGCUAGAAAAGUGAAGUGUCCCUCAUAGAUCCACGAGCAGAAAUCACUCAAAGUUAACAUAGAGCAAGUUUUAUUCCUUUUUCCUGCGAUUGAUCAAUAUCUUGCAAGGAAUAAGAAGGCUACUUAUUGAUAGAAACUAUUGUCAUAGAUUCAUUUAUUAACAUUUAUAUAUAUAUAUAUAUAUAUAUAUAUAACUUCGCUGCAAUUUUUACUCAAUAGGGUAAUAUUAAUUUAUACCCUCUUUCUCUAUAGACAUUCAGUCGAUCACUGCACAAGAAGAAUAAAAGA